AUGUCGAGCGACGGUGACCAUGCAGUUGAGCUUAUCUCACAGGUCAAGGAUAUCAAAGAGAAGGAACUCACCGAGGUGUUAGAAGCAGCUGUGCCUAUUGGGCUUGGUGAAAUUGUCGCCUCGGAAGAGCCAGUGACAACCCGGCUCGAGUUAUGGUCAUGGUACGCGUAUUAUUUCGGAAACAACUCUGCUGGUCCUCUUUACUACACUCCCUUGAUCUUCCAAUACCUGCUCUACGGUGCCGGUUUCAAUGGAAACGACCCGAGUCAAGAUUGCAGUGAUCCUAACGCGCCAUGCCUCGUCAAGUUCGGCACAAGGAACAUCAAUGCGAGCACGGUGGUCUUGAUCUGCAACGGCCUCGUUUUCGCUUUCCAGAGUGUUCUCCUGCUCUUCCUCGGAUCCAUGGGAGACUAUGGCCCAUGGAAGAAAUCGGUCUUGAUCGUGGCAUCCGUCAUCUGCUGGGGCACGCAGUUCGGCUUUCUUGGAUUGAAACACCCAUCGCAGUAUAACAUCGCCAUCGCGCUCUAUAUCUUAACCAGCAUGUCGUACAACCUAUGCUACGCUUUUUGGACGCCGUCGUUCCCUCAGCUCGCGCGCAGCACUCCACAGGCGCUGGAGGCGAAGAGAGCUUACUCGGCCGGGGAGCUUACCGAGGAAGAAUACAGCAAGAGAAAGUCGCUUCAACGAAACAGACUCAGUAAUAUCGCAUUCUGCUGUACCAGUGCUGGUUUCACUUUUACUCUAUUGAUUGCCCUGGGAGCUGCAUUCGGUCUGCACGCAAACGAGUCUGAUUCAGGCAAUCUGCAAGCAGCGGUGAUUAUCGUCGGUCUCUCAACCGGAAUCUGGAUCCUGGCUGGAAGUCCGUGGUUCUUCUUGGAAAAGUCACGCUCCACACCGCUACCCGAGGGCGAGACUUACUUCUCCAUUGGCGCGAAGAACUACUGGUUCGCAAUCAAGAAUAUCAAAAAUUUGAGCCAGACCUGGCUUUACCUUGUUGGCUACUUCCUCAUAUCGGACGGAUACGCGACCACAAAUCAGAUAUACGGCAUCUGCCAGUAUCUCAUCACCGAUUAUAGCACCACAGUUUCCACUGAGCUCUCCAUCGUCCAGGGUGUCGCGAGCACGGUUGGCAUCUACAGUCUGUGGUUCAUCCAGAGGCGAUUCAAGAUCCAAACAAAACCGAUGCUCAUGACCAUCUGUUGCUUUCUACUUGUCGUACCAAUUUGGGGAUGCAUAGGCAUCGGGACAACUAAUUUCGGAUUCCACAAGGUCUGGGAAGUGUGGGGCUACUCGGUAUUCGAUUGCCUGCUCGUUUCGCCCUUCUACGCCUUUUCCGCCACGAUGCUGAGCGACAUUUGUCCCAAGGGUCGAGAGGUCAGCUUCUUCGCCAUCUACUCGCUCGUCAGCAAUUCCACGGCUUGGAUUGGGCCCAUCAUCUGCGGAGUCAUCAUCGACCGCACAGGCAACACUUGGACUGGAUUCCCCUUUUCUCUGUCGCUCAGCGUCGUCGGGUUUGCCCUGAUCUGCUGCGUGAAUGUGAAAAAGGCCCAGGAACAAUGCGAGGACUACGUCCGGAAUGACCCUAACCUUCAGAGGCGGGGGAUUCAUACAGAUUAG